CGGGACCGGUGGGGGGCGCUGUGGGAGCGCCCGGGGCGCGCGGAUGGCGGCAGCGGGCGCCGGGUCUGGGCCGGGGGCGCCCCCGGGGCUGGAGGCGACCCGGCAGAAGCUCGCGCUGCGGCGCAAGAAGGUGCUGAGCGCCGAGGAGAUGGAGCUGUACGAACUGGCGCAGGCGGCGGGCGGCGCCAUCGACCCCGACGUGUUCAAGAUCUUGGUGGACCUGCUCAAGCUGAACGUGGCUCCCCUUGCCGUGUUCCAGAUGCUCAAGUCCAUGUGCGCCGGGCAGAGGCUGGCGAGCGAGCCCCAGGACCCUGCGGCCGUUUCUCUGCCCGCGGCGAGCGUGUCUGAGACCCGAGGUCAGAGCUGGGCCGGGCGCGGCGGGCGGGAGGGGGGCAGGUUCCAGCAGCUGGCUUGGUGCUCCUCUCAGCUGCCUGCCAUGGCCCGGGGGCUGCCCAGCGCUUCCAGCCUGGCACGCUUCUGCCAGAAGCUGAACCGCCUGAAGCCUCUGGAGGAGUCAACCAUGGAGACGUCGCUGCGGCGCUGCUUGUCCACGCUGGACCUGACCCUGCUGGGCGUUGGUGGCAUGGUGGGCUCGGGCCUCUAUGUGCUCACAGGCACCGUGGCCAAGAACCUGGCUGUGCUCUUGUCCUUUGGCAUAGCUGCCGUGGCCUCCCUCCUGGCGGCCCU